GGCGGGAUGCCCUCGCUCGCUGGCCGGGCGGGUGCUGCUGCGGGGAGCUCGGCCCGUCCGGGUGGACGCGGCGCCGGUCAGGGGAGCCAGGUGGCGGGGCGCCACCGCGGCGGGACGCGGGUCCUCGGGCGCGGGAGGUGUGCGGGCUCGCUUGGCAACUUCACUCCCGGCGCCCGCCGCGCGGGGGUGACUCGGGAGCCGUCCUCGCUCGGCUCGGCCAAGAAACUUUGGCGUGGAGCGCGGUGGCGUGGAGCGUCCCGGAGCCCCUGCUCAGGAUGAGGAGAGCGGGGCUGGGGCGGAGCGGCGGCGUCCCCCGGGAGUGACCGACGCCCGUUCGGGACUUCCCGGACCUCCAGGGCCCGUGGCCAUGCGUGCGCCGUGACGGGCAGGCGUCCGGAGCCGGGGACCGAGACUUCGCGAGUUAAUGCGGACUCGCCUUUGAGAGGCUUGGGACGAGCGAAAGAGCCCCAAAAUGGAGGACUUUACCACCAGGACCUACGGGACCAGUGGCCUGGACAACAGACCUCUGUUCGGGGAGACAUCUGCCAAGGACCGAAUCAUCAAUUUAGUUGUUGGCAGCUUAACAUCCUUAUUGAUUCUAGUUACACUGAUCAGUGCUUUUGUUUUCCCUCAACUACCUCCCAAACCACUGAAUAUAUUUUUUGCUGUCUGCAUCUCUUUGAGUAGUAUUACUGCCUGCAUACUUAUCUACUGGUAUCGACAAGGAGACUUAGAACCGAAAUUUAGAAAUCUAAUUUACUAUAUCUUAUUUUCUAUCAUCAUGUUAUGUAUAUGUGCAAACCUGUACUUCCAUGAUGUGGGAAGGUGAGGCUGCGGAGGAGAAAUACUUACCAGGACUCUUGAAAAAUAUAUGUAAGGAGAGUAAAUAACUGAAGAACCCUCAACACAAAUCUGAUACAUGAUUUUCAUGUUAAUUGUAAAUCUAAAUUACCUCUUACAAGGGAGAUAUCAUAUAUCUCUGCUUUUUCUUUAAGGAGCUGGUGUCAUGUUUAAACAUUCCAAUUCUCAAAUGGCACAAAUAAAAUUUUCACUUUUGAAAUUAAAACUUUUUUUUAACAAUUUAAUUGCAUGGCUCAAAAUCUUGCAGUUUAAGACAAAUACUCUUUUAUUUCUGUUAAACUGAAUAUACAAUUAUUGUUCCCUAGGCAACCAACUUUUGCUUAUUACUACAGUUUCACAUUAACAAAACACAGAUGGUGAAAAGACAACUUUGAUUGUGAAGAUCUAAUUACAAUAAUAAAUAAAAUAAUUUAUACAGG